AUGGAGCAUGUGUGCAAGCUCUGCAAAAAGAGCUUCUUGAGCGGCAGAGUCUUGGGAGGUCACAUGAGGUGCCAUGGAGCAAAGAAAUCGGCUAAAACUGAGAAAAAUAUCGAAAUGUGCAGAGCACAUUCUGAGGUUGAAGACGAUGAUCACGCUGGUUAUGGAUUACGAGUGAACCCGAAAAAGUCCUGGAAAUUUUCAGGGCACUCGAAGUUUGAAGCUUCUGCGGGGGAAGAAAAAGAGUUCGUCUGCAGGUGCAGGGUUUGUGGCAAAGGGUUUCAUUCGAUGAGGGCGAUGUUCGGGCACAUGAGGCAUCACUCAGGGAGGGAGAGGAAGGAGGCGCAGUCCUGCGAAGUUUGUGGUAAAGAGUUCGAAACGUUGAGAGCUUUAGCUACUCACAGCAGAUGCCACUCGAAAAGUAUUAGGGGAACUGAUGGAUUGGAGACUGUUUCUUCAAGCAAGAAGCUUGCUGUGGAUUGCUGUCAGUACAGCAGUGAGACAAUGGGGCUGAUUCGGAAGAAAAGAUCGAAAAGAUUGAGGUACAAGAUUACUAAUUCAAGUUGUUCUUUUUCUAGUUUCAGUGUUAAUGAAUCUAAGUAUGUCACUGAAUUUGGGGAAGAAGUAGUAGAGGGGGCAAUUUGUUUGAUGAUCAUAUCUGGUUGUGGAAGCAAUUGGGAUCGAAUUAGUUCAGUCACUGAGUCUUCGGAUAAUAAUUCCUUGUCUUUAGAGGUUCAAUCACCAGGCCUAAAGAAUUGGAUCAUGGGAAAUAAGGGUGGUGUUUCUGUUUGUGAUGAUACUGUGAAAUUCGUUGAUUGCAUUUCUGAUGGUAAGAAUGUCUCUGUUGACAAGAAAGUACUUGAAUUUAGCGAAAAUAAUUCUGGGUUUGCGAAUGAUGAGGAAAAGAAUGUCGAAACGGAAGAUAGGUUCUUCAGGGGUGUAGGAUAUAAGAGGCCGAGACUGGAUGAGGAAUCUGUAUUUGGGUUGUGUGAUACUGAAAUGGAAAUGAAUUUGGAUAUCAUCAAGGAAGUAGAAUUGGAUGUAGCUGCAUUCGGAUCAAUGAAGUCGGGUUUGAACAAUAAACCCAAGUUUUACGCUACUGAAUCUGAAGUCUUUGCUGAUUCCCAGAAGAAAAGAGAGCACAAGUGCAGGCUUUGCAACAAGGUUUUCAGCACAUAUCAGGCACUUGGAGGCCACCAAAGAGUUCACAAAUCAACCAGCACCACUUCUUUGGUAAAUAUUGAGGAUUAUGAAGAUAGAAUUCCGAUUAACAAGUUUUCGAAGAUGGAGUACAGUUGCAAGCUUGCCAAGCCUGAAUGCAGUGAUAAUUCAGCAGCAGAAGAGAAGACGGAAAGAGUUAUUGAGAAUAAGGGUCACAAGUGCUCCAUCUGCUUGAAGGUGUUCGCAACAGGCCAAGCGUUGGGUGGCCACAAGAGAGUUCAUUUCGGCAAAGACCCCGAGACAGGUGCAGAAGAGUCCAGAGUGCUGAAGCAGCAGAUUUCCGACAUCUGCGAUGCAUUUGAUCUUAGCCGUCCAAUCGAAAAUGGUGAUGUUGAUUUUAAGUCCUGGUGGCCUGGAAAUGAACAUAAGCAGGAGUUGUUGAUGGAUCUGAUGCCCAACUGA